AUGGUUAUCCUGUUCAGGAGGAUGAUGAAUUGGCACGGGGCACUUGCUUUGUCACUAGGAAGUUCAUCGGAGACAUCUAAAGUUGAAAGCAUUGAUAAGUCCAUCGAUACCCUCAAAGACGAUGGACGAACAAAGGAACCCCCUGUGGAUGACAUUCUUGCUGCAACGAUGAAAUUGUUUCAGAGUAGUGACUGGAUGGCUUUUCCUUUGACUGAUUUGUUUGUUACGCUUUGCAGUCAGAACAAAGGUGAAGAUCGCCCAAGAGUGAUCUCUUAUCUUAUUCAGGAGCUAAAGCUUUGCCCAUUGGAAUUUUCUAAGGAUGCCAGUGCUUUGUGUAUGAUAUCGCAUACUUUAGCAUUGCUUCUUUCUGAAGAUGGAAGUACGCGAGAGAUCGUUGCAAAGAAUGGUAUUGCCAAUGUAGCCAUCGAUAUUCUGAUGAACUUCAAAGCAAGAACUGAGUCAGGAAAUGAGCUAGUGGUACCAAAAUGUGUUAGUGCUCUACUACUUAUCUUGGAUAAUUUGUUGCAAUCCAGGCCUAGAAUAUCUGCUGAUAUUACAGAGGGAACUCCUGGGGGACCUUUACCUGACUCAUCUGGGGAGCAUGUUUCAUUGUCUGUUUCAGAAGCAGUAAAAGAGAGAAAUCCAACUCCAGCAGCCCAUGAUAAAGACUCUGAUACUUCAUUUGAGAGAAUUUUUGGAAACUCUACUGGCUAUUUGACUGUUGACGAGAGUCAAAGGGUAUUGGUUGUUGCUUGUGACUUGAUAAGACAACAUGUCCCAGCUAUGGUCAUGCACCUUCCAAGAAGUUGCUUCUUUCCUGGGUAUGAUACCUUGGCAUCUGCUAUCAUUCGGCAUCUCCUUGAGGAUCCUCAGACCCUGCAGACAGCCAUGGAAUUGGAGAUACGACAAACUCUAAGUGGAAAUCGUCAUACUGGUCGUAUUUCUCCACGUGCAUUUUUGACAUCAAUGUCACCUGUUAUGUCUAGAGACGCAGAGGUCUUAAUGAAAGCAGCAGCUGCUGUUUGUCAGUUGGAGUCAUCAGGAGGAAGGACCUUUGUUGUGUUAUCAGAAGAAAAAGAGAAAGAUAAGGAAAAGUCAAAGGUAUCUGGUGUUGAACUGGGGGUAUCUUCUAAUGAAUGUGUUCGAAUCCCUGAAAAUAAAACCCAUGAUGGCCCAGCUAAGUGUUCUAAAGGCCACAAAAGAAUUCCUGCAAGUCUUACUAUGGUAAUUGAUCAUCUUCUUGAAAUUGUAAUGAAAUUUCCUUCACCAAGCGGUGAGGACGAUUGCACAAAUUAUCCAAGUGCAAUGGAGGUUGAUGAACCUGCUACCAAGGUAAAGGGUAAAUCGAAGGUUGAUGAGGCAAAUAAGAUUGAAUCAGACAGUCAAUCAGAAAGAUCAGUGGGGCUAGCUAAGAUAAAACCGUUGGACCUGAUGAAUGGAGAGGCAAGUUAUCUGAAAAAGCUUCGUGGUUUCUUGUGGUUUUGUGUUCUGACAGCUUUGCCCUCUCCAUUACUUGCUGAAGCGCUAAUGUUGAGGGAUAGAGAAAUGAGUCAUUAUCAGGCUCGCAGCUUAGAGCUUGAAGUUGAAGGGGAGCCACUCUUGGAUGCAAAUGCUUUGAAAGCAUUGAUCCACCUAUUACGAUUAGCGCAGCCUCUUGGGAAAGGCCUUUUGCAGAGACUUCUGUUAAACUUAUGUGCACAUAGCCGUACAAGGGCAAUUCUAGUUCGCCUUCUGCUUGACAUGAUUGGGCCAGAGACUGAAGGCCCAGUUGGCAGAUUGUUGACAGUUAACUCCCAGAGGCUAUAUGGUUGUCAAUCCAAUGUUGUAUAUGGUCAAUCUCAGUUGUUGGACGGUCUGCCUCCCCUGGUGCUGUGUCGUAUUCUUGAGAUUUUGACUUAUCUGGCCGCCAAUCAUUCUGCGGUUGCCAAUAUCUUGUUUUACUUUGAUCCGUCACUUAUUCCAGAGUCAUCAAAUCAAAAAUAUUUGGAAACCAAGAAGGGUAAAGGCAAGGAGAAAAUUGUGGAACUAGGAUAUUCGUCAGACUCUUUAGGAGGUUCUCGGAAGGGGGAUGUUCCUGUGAUACUGUUUCUUAAACUCUUGAGUCAACCGCUUUUCUUGCGCAGCAUUGCUCAUCUCGAACAGGUUUCUCAAAAUCUGUCUGGCAAUGAAACUGUGAGUGAUGUCCCAAAAGAUCCUCCUUUGUCAGAAAUGGAAGCUAUUCAAGGUGAUUUAAGUGCAAGUGAAGCAGUAAAAGAGAGAAAUCCAACUCCAGCAGCCCAUGAUAAAGACUCUGAUACUUCAUUUGAGAGAAUUUUUGGAAACUCUACUGGCUAUUUGACUGUUGACGAGAUCUUUUUAUCGAUCAGGCUCUCAGACAAAGUUUACACUAUUGCUGAGGAGGUGCUGAAAAAGUUGGUCUUGGUUGCUGCUUCCCAUCGAAAAUUCUUUAUUAUGGAGCUUUCAGAUUUAGCUCANAUUCUCUGGCUCUGCAAUUUCUCGAAAAUGGAGGCUUGGUUGCUCUUUUUAGCCUUCCAAGAAGUUGCUUCUUUCCUGGGUAUGAUACCUUGGCAUCUGCUAUCAUUCGGCAUCUCCUUGAGGAUCCUCAGACCCUGCAGACAGCCAUGGAAUUGGAGAUACGACNCCACAAUAAGGAAUACACACAUGCUGGGUUUGAGUGCCGGAUCAAUGGCGGGGGCUGCAAUCCUUCGUGUUCUGCAGACUCUCAGCUCACUCUCUUCACCAAGUGUGGAUCAGAAUAAGGNACAAACUCUAAGUGGAAAUCGUCAUACUGGUCGUAUUUCUCCACGUGCAUUUUUGACAUCAAUGUCACCUGUUAUGUCUAGAGACGCAGAGGUCUUAAUGAAAGCAGCAGCUGCUGUUUGUCAGUUGGAGUCAUCAGGAGGAAGGACCUUUGUUGUGUUAUCAGAAGAAAAAGAGAAAGAUAAGGAAAAGUCAAAGGUAUCUGGUGUUGAACUGGGGGUAUCUUCUAAUGAAUGUGUUCGAAUCCCUGAAAAUAAAACCCAUGAUGGCCCAGCUAAGUGUUCUAAAGGCCACAAAAGAAUUCCUGCAAGUCUUACUAUGGUAAUUGAUCAUCUUCUUGAAAUUGUAAUGAAAUUUCCUUCACCAAGCGGUGAGGACGAUUGCACAAAUUAUCCAAGUGCAAUGGAGGUUGAUGAACCUGCUACCAAGGUAAAGGGUAAAUCGAAGGUUGAUGAGGCAAAUAAGAUUGAAUCAGACAGUCAAUCAGAAAGAUCAGCAGGGCUAGCUAAGGUGACUUUUGUCCUCAAGUUAUUGAGUGAUAUUCUUUUGAUGUAUGUGCAUGCAGUUGGGGUUAUACUGAGACGGGAUUUGGAAAUGGGUCCACCCCGGGGAUCUAAUCAACCAGAUAGUCUAGGACAUGGUGGCAUAGUGCAUCAUGUUCUACAUCGACUUCUUUCUCUGUCUAUAGAUAAAACCGUUGGACCUGAUGAAUGGAGAGACAAGUUAUCUGAAAAAGCUUCAGAGCUUGAAGUUGAAGGGGAGCCACUCUUGGAUGCAAAUGCUUUGAAAGCAUUGAUCCGCCUAUUACGAUUAGCGCAGCCUCUUGGGAAAGGCCUUUUGCAGAGACUUCUGUUAAACUUAUGUGCACAUAGCCGUACAAGGGCAAUUCUAGUUCGCCUUCUGCUUGACAUGAUUGGGCCAGAGACUGAAGGCCCAGUUGGCAGAUUGUUGACAGUUAACUCCCAGAGGCUAUAUGGUUGUCAAUCCAAUGUUGUAUAUGGUCAAUCUCAGUUGUUGGACGGUCUGCCUCCCCUGGUGCUGCGUCGUAUUCUUGAGAUUUUGACUUAUCUGGCCGCCAAUCAUUCUGCGGUUGCCAAUAUCUUGUUUUACUUUGAUCCGUCACUUAUUCCAGAGUCAUCAAAUCAAAAAUAUUUGGAAACCAAGAAGGGUAAAGGCAAGGAGAAAAUUGUGGAACUAGGAUAUUCGUCAGACUCUUUAGGAGGUUCUCGGAAGGGGGAUGUUCCUGUGAUACUGUUUCUCAAACUCUUGAGUCAACCGCUUUUCUUGCGCAGCAUUGCUCAUCUUGAACAGGUCAUGGGUCUGCUCCAAGUAGUUGUCUAUACUGCAGCAUCAAAAUUAGAUUGUCAAUCUAAUUCAGAACAAGCUGUAGUCAGUUCUCAAAAUCUAUCUGGCAAUGAAACUGUGAGUGAUGUACCAAAAGAUCCUCCUUUGUCAGAAAUGGAAGCUAUUCAAGGUGAUUUAGGUGCCAGUGGUGAGUUACAUACAUCAGAGGGACAGAGAAGCACCAAUAUGUAUGAUAUCUUCUUACAGAUGCCACAAUCUGAUUUGCACAAUCUGUGCAGCCUUCUUGGCCAUGAAGGGCUCUCAGACAAACUUUACACGCUUGCUGGGGAGGUGCUGAAAAAGUUGGCCUUGGUUGCUGCUUCCCAUCGAAAAUUCUUUAUUAUGGAGCUUUCAGAUUUAGCUCAUAGUUUGAGCAACUCGGCCGUCAGUGAGCUUAUCACACUAAGGAAUACACACAUGCUGGGUUUGAGUGCCGGAUCAAUGGCUGGGGCUGCAAUCCUUCGUGUUCUGCAGACUCUCAGCUCACUCUCUUCACCUAGUGUGGAUCGGAAUAAGGUUAAGGAGAGUGGUGAGGAACUGGAUGAGCAUGCAACCUUGUGGAAGUUGUAUGUUGCACUUGAGCCAUUGUGGCAAGAAUUGAGUGACUGUAUAAGUACAACCGAGACAGAGCUGGCACAGAGCUCUUUUUCACCAAUUAUGUCAAAUAUGAACGUUGGGGAGCAAGUACAGGUUUCUCCAUCUCUAUCAUCUCCUCCUCUUCCUCCUGGAACCCAGAGACUCUUGCCUUUUAUUGAGGCUUACUUUGUUUUGUGUGAAAAACUACAAGCAAACAAUUCCAUCAUGCAGCAAGAUCAUGCCUCCUACUCAACUGCAAGAGAAGUCAAGGAGUUCGCAGGGAGUUCAUCUCCGUUGUCUAUGAAAUGUGGAGUGGAUUCUCAGAGGAGGCUUGAUGGUGCUGUCACAUUUGCAAGGUUUGCUGAGAAGCAUCGCCGGCUGCUGAAUGCUUUUGUCAGGCAGAAUCCUGGCUUGUUGGAGAAAUCACUUUGUAUGAUGCUGAAAGCCCCCCGGCUGAUUGAUUUUGACAACAAAAGGGCUUAUUUUCGCUCAAGAAUUAGGCAGCAGCAUGAACAACACUUAUCUGGACCACUGCGGAUUAGCGUUCGACGGGCAUAUGUUUUAGAGGACUCGUAUAACCAGUUGCGAAUGCGACCAAAUCAAGACCUGAAGGGACGCUUGAAUGUGCAUUUUCAGGGUGAAGAGGGUAUUGAUGCUGGUGGUUUGACGAGAGAGUGGUAUCAAUUACUGUCAAGAGUUAUAUUUGAUAAAGGAGCUUUGCUUUUCACAACUGUGGGAAACAAUGCAACCUUCCAACCGAACCCUAAUUCUGUCUAUCAGACUGAACAUCUUUCAUACUUCAAAUUUGUUGGCCGCGUGGUUGCUGAGGCACUGUUUGAUGGGCAACUGUUGGAUGUUUAUUUCACUCGGUCCUUUUACAAGCACAUUCUUGGAGUAAAAGUGACUUAUCAUGAUAUUGAAGCUGUUGAUCCUGAUUACUACAAAAACUUGAAGUGGAUGCUGGAGAACAAUGCAAGUGAUAUCCCCGAUCUGACAUUUAGAAUGGAUGCGGAUGAAGAAAAACCCUUUCUCUAUGAGAAAACAGAGUGUGUGGUCAUAUUUAAUGAUAAAGAGCUUGAGCUACUAAUCAGUGGGCUUCCAGAAAUUGAUUUCGAUGAUCUGAAGGCCAACUCCGAGUAUACUGGCUACACAGCAGCAUCAGUUAUUGUUCAGUGGUUUUGGGAGGUUUUCAAAGCCUUUAACAAGGAAGACAUGGCAAGAUUCUUACAAUUUGUAACUGGUACAUCAAAGUUUCCUUUGGAGGGUUUUAAAGCAUUGCAAGGCAUUUCUGGUCCCCAAAGGUUUCAGAUUCACAAGGCAUAUGGAGCUCCUGAGUGCCUGCCAUCAGCUCGUACCUGGUCAGUGCUAAGAUCAAUUGAUAUAAGCAGUGGUAUGUUACAUGGACUUGGGUGCUUUGUGUCGGGUAUAGGUACACGUCUAGGCGUUGGACCUUCUUCAACACAAAAUCUUAGCAUAAUGGGAUUCAUUCGAAAAGUGAUCAAAGAUUGGGGUAGGGGUAAGGCGAAACAUUGGGAACAAGUGACACUCUAUGUCAAUGUUUUAUGCAGCUUUAACCAACUAGACCUUCCCGAGUAUACUUCCAAGGAUCAGCUUCAAGAGCGCUUGCUACUCGCCAUCCAUGAAGCUAGUGAAGGAUUUGGCUUUGGUUGA